AUGGCUUGCCAACUGGCGCACUACAAGGUGGAUAUCGCGGCACUCAGCGAGACCCGCUUCUCCAAACAAGGCCAACUGGAUAAGGUGGGUGCAGACUGCAGCCUUCGCCAUCCGGAACGACAUCGCUGGACGACUGCCUUGUCUGCCGCAGAGCAUCAGCGAUCGUCUGAUGAGCCUCCGCCGGCUAUCAUCAUCAGCAUCUACGCUCCGACAAUGAUCAGUCUUGCUGCCGCAAGAGCAAAUUCUACGAGGACCUGCAUGACCUGCUGGCAAGUGCGUUGGAGGCGGAUAGGUGACAUAAUAAGUCCUAGUUGGCAUUAGCGUUCGCGUCGGCACAGGCCAUGCUGACUGGAAAGGAAUGCUGGGUCCCCACUGUCUCAACGGCUCUAAAGUCAGUGGUCCGCCCUCCCCACGACGAACCUGCGCGAACACCGGCUCAUCCCGACGAACAUAUUUUCUCCCUGCCGGAGCGAGAGAAGGCCAUCUGGAUGCAUCCUCGGUCUCGUAAGUGGCACCUUCUGGAUUAUGUCCUCGUCCGGAUUCAAGACAAGUGGGACUUGGUGGGUACAAAGGUGAUUUCGGGUACCGAUAGUUGGACCAAUCAUCGUUUCGUCAGUUCGCGGAUGCGGAUGUGCCUACAGCCUCACAGGAGACUCCAAGGUAAGCAACCCCCAGGUAAGCUGAAUAUUGUUUUAAUGUCUUUGCCUGCACACAAUCUCUAUUUCAGAAACGUGCUAGCUCAACGGCCAGACAACCUAACAGUCGCUGAUGCCGCCGCCGCUGAGUAGAACGCCUUCGUGAAAGAUCGAUGAUGUCAGAUGCCGGAUACAGUUCGGGCGACAGUCCUGGCCGUCCUCGGUCGCACAUGUCGCUAGCACCAAGACUGGUUUAAUGACACUGACGCCGCCAUCAGCAACCUGCUGGUCGAGAAGAACCGCCUGCCCAAAGCCUACGUCGACAGCUCCACCGCCGACAACAAAGCAGCCUUCUAACAUAGCCGCCGCCUUGUGCAACAGCGGCUGCGCGAAAUGCAGGAUGGCCGGACAGUUUGCGACGCCGAGGAGAUACAUGGGUAUGCGGACCGCCACGAUUGGAAGAACAUCUUCUCCGCGAUCAAAGCUGUCUACGGUCCGUCGACGGAAGGCACCGGUCCUCACCUCAGCGCCGACAACAGUACCCUACUCACGGAAAAGACACAAAUUCUACAGCAAUAGGUCAACCAUUUCAGAGGCCUCCUCAACCAUCCCUAGACCAUCUCCGACGCCGCCAUCGCUCCACUGCCGCAAGUGACGAUCAACGCUGACCUCGACCUCUCGCCCUCUCUCCACGAGACCGUCAGGGUCGUGCAAUAACUCUCCGGCUGGAAAACGCCGGAUCGCACGCGAUCCCUGUUGAGAUCUACAAACACGGUGGCCUCAACUCAUAGAUCAUCUGACGACGCUCAUUCAGGAGAUGUGGCGUCAAGGAGAAGUACCGCAGGAAUUGAAGGACGCUACAAUCGUCAUCUACAUGAACGGAAAGGAAACGACCAGCUCUGUGAAAAUCACUGAGGCAUCUCCUUGCUAACCUCCGCGAGGAAAGUUUUCUUUUGCAUUCUUCUAACCUCUCGAAUAAUCAGCUCGAUCAAAGUUUUCUUCCGGAAAGCCAGUGUGAUUUCCGCCGUCAUCGUAGGACCACGGACAUUAUCUUUGCUGCCCGCCAACUUCAGAAGGAGUGUUAGGAGAUGCGGCCCCACCUGCCUUCGACACGGUAAAUCGUGAAGUUCUGUGGAAAAUCAUGCCGAAACUCAGCUGUCUCGAGCGAUUCGCUCGGAUGGUGCGUCAGCUUCACGAUGGCAUGAUGGCGCGUGACACGGGCAAUGGAGCUGUCUCGGAGGCAUUCGCAGUGACAAACGGAAUGGACCAGGGCUGUGUCCUCGCGCCCACCCUCUUCAGGCUUAUGCUCUCGCCCAGGAUCGUCAUCCUCUACGGGACGGACUGUCAACUGCUCAAUCACCGGCGUAUGCACUUUCAAUCACGUUUCUCUACAACAGCCACCCAAAAACUUCUGUUCGCCGAUGGCUGCGCCCUUAAUGUGACGACUGAAGGAGACAUGUAAAGGAGCAUGGACUUCUUCUCCGCCGCCUGCGAGAAUUUUGGUUUGAUCAUCAAUACGGAGAAGAUGGUGGUCACGCAUCAACCGCCAUCCGACAGUACACACAAUGCGCAGAAAAUGGGCGUGAAAGUAACCCAACUGCAAGCGGUGGACAACUUCAAGUAUCUGGGCAGCACCCUCUCCCGCAACAAAAAACGACGACGAAGUGGGCUGCCGGAUCUCCAAGGCAAACCAGGUCUUCGGUCGUCUUCAAAACACAGUUUGAAAUCGUCACAGUCAGUAACUUAGCAUGAGCCUGAAGAUUUAGAAUGCCGUAAUCCCACCUACGAUGUUGUAUGGAGCAGAAACCUUGUCGGUUUACGUGAAGCAGGCACGUAGACUCAACCACUUCCACCUCAGUUCUCUUCGUCGAAUACUGAAGCUGACGUGGCAGGACUGGAUCCCAGACACGGACGUACUCCAGCGGACGAGAAUCAUCAACAUUUAUACCAUGUUUUGACAACUGCAACCACGUCUUACGAAUAGGCAACGCGCGGCUACCUAAACUACUCAACUAUGGAAAUGUCGCCGCGGGUUCCCGCCGCCGAGAUGGUCAAGUCCGGCGCCACAAUUGUAUAUCUCCUGUGGUGAACCGCAUAGACCGUAAUACGCACUGGCAGAGUGAUUAUGUUUUAUCUCGAUCUUUGCUUUAUUUACACAGCCUUCUUACCUCACUGAAAGCAUAGGUUAUAGCAUGUGUUUUCAACAAUAAGUUGGGUCCUAAUAUCAAAUAUAUGCCAAAAACACGCAUAUUUGUCAAAGCCAGUGACGCUUUAAUCAUUUUGCUCAGUGGAGGGAAUUGCAAAUGUAGUCUUAACAAUAAAAGCAAAGAAUAAAGUAGGUUCCUAAUGGUGGUCCCAAAAAUAUAAAUGAGAUGAUUAAAACUACUUUUCAUCUCUAAAAUGAAACUUAUUAAUAAGGUACUGAAUGUGAACCAUGGAAAAGUGUAUCUGUUGUUCUCUGACAACAGUAGUUACAAAUGAUUUUCAUCUUAACUGCACGUAUGCUUAUGUGCUCUGCACAUUUUUAAAGAAUCUAAAGAGUGUCCAACGUACGACACCAGCGAUUCCGUGAGGAAAUAUCCAACAGCUUAAUCAGACAGCACAUAGAAUUUUAAGUGUAAUCCGAAUUGUUAAAAAAUCGGAUUUGAAAAUGAACAUUUUUAUUGUUAUAUCGUUUGAACUCAGCUCGCCUUUUUUGAAUUCCGCUGCAUAAUUACCUACCCGGGUGGUGCAAUACAGUUUAAACUGCUAAUGAACAAAAUGCAUUGUCAUGUAAUGCUUCUAGUUAUCUCUCUAAUGGCAGACAGUUCGGUCUAGACCGCAGUUAAUUAUAAUAACCAUACAACCAUCUAGGCAAAACAGCUGACGCUAUUCACACACGUAUCUGAUAUUAGCAGAUGAGGUAGCUACCAAGUAAUUUCCUAAAGAGUUAUAAUAUAUUUUGGCAAUGAACAAUUGGCGUAAAUGUCUCACAAAUUGUACGUUCGCGCACAUAUUCGGAAUUUUCGGCGAUAUGUUCCUCAUCAAAAAUUUAGUCAAGAAAUGAAAAACUCAACUAACAGACGUCAUCGACGUAUUAUUGUAACAUUAUUUUGACGGAUACUGUCCCGGUAAACAGUGUACACGUGAAUGCUUCGGAGAAAAAUCAUAAUAGCCAGGGUAUUUCUGAUAACUAGACCAAAACAGCCAGUGGGUUAUGCAUUAGCAAUUCAGAAAACCGCGAGAAAAAUCCUCAAUUAAGCUGCACGGCAGUGGCGUGAGCUCAGAGUCCGAAGAAGAAAGACAGUAUGAUCUGUUGCAUUUUAAUUUCCUUAAAAAUCAACCGUGAGCUCGGAGUAAAUCAGUAUAUUUGAAAUCUAUAAGCUAUGGCUAAAUUUUUUUGCAAAAAUAUUUGAGCCGAAGUCCCUCAGCCACAGCGAAUAUUUGCUCAAUUUUCAUUAAAUUCUAACAGGCAGCUAGCUCUUUACUUUAUGCCAGAGUGGUUCCACCCUUACAGCACAGGUGGUAGCCAAACUCCCUAACUCGUGUUUCGCCAAUAUUCUGCCGCUGCAUUAAACAGUUGCGAGAGUUUCGGCUUGUCGUUGGGUCCUCCAGCAUUCCCUGUCUGAUUUCUGGUAGUGACGCCAAUUUAGAAAUUGUUACUUUAAAAUUACCUUAGAAAUUGACUGCGAACAUUGAGUUAAUCAGUAUAUUAAAGUGAAUAGGCCCAGACCAAGGUUUUUGUGCAUGAAUAUUCACACAUCUCUUCUGGUCCCCUCAUAGGCCCCUCAUUCUGCGCGGUGAGAGGUGCCAAGCGGGUGCUGCUGCUGACGCGGAGAAGCAACGGUCUCUUAAGAAUUACGGGCGUGUACGGUGGCACAAAAACGUCGCUCGCUGUCCAAGCUCAGGCGAUACUUUUUAGAGCGAUUGAUUUUACGAUAAAAAUUACGCCGAACGAUGUCAUCCUGGCGUAACUUUUGCUUUUUUUGUCGACGUCAUCCCUAAAGCCUGCUUUUGUCUUCUUUCGGGCAUCAGCAAACUUAACGAUGUUACUGGCAUAUCGGUUAAGCUUGGCGCAUUUUGACCUGUUAUUAGCGUGUAGACCGGAGACAGGGAAAAAGACUUUGCAUUUUGUCUUAAAACUUCAGCACGAUAGCACAUUCUGGGAGAAAGAUGGCCCACGUCAUAUAUCUAACGCCGAAUUUUGUUCCGUGGUAUUGGUAGAACAAUGAUUUCAACCUUUACUGGACCAUCCCGUUACCGUCUUCCGAAAUCAGCGAACUUACUAUCGUGCCUCUUUCUUGCUUUUAGACUUUUUUUGCUAAACGUACGGUGCGUCAUGGUAGAGAAUUUCAGGAAUUGGUGGAUUUGGGUCUGUUUAAGGUUAUUUCGCGCUUCAUCACAUAUGCUUUGCCGGCGUUACUCGAUUAUGUUGGCCGCAUGAUCCAAUAACAUAGAAGUGCUUUUGCCCUAAGAAUGAUUAUCACAAUCAGUUGGGUCAGUGCGUUAUCAUACGAUAAAACAUUCUGAAAGGAGUUCUCAGGGCCGCACUUAACUUUGCAAAAUAGUUGUUGCCCUAUCCACAAUAGCAAUGUGUUUUCGGGACCAGUAAAAUUUUGUUCGAUAUGAUCUUUUCUCACGUAGCGAUUGUCAUAAUUCCUCAAACCGCUCAAAGUGUCUGCUUGAAGUGGAGCAGAUAAGGCAAAAGUGAAAUGUAAAUUUACGGUUUGACAAAACUAUUUGUUUGUUUGACAAAUGAUAAAAAGGCCCGAGUACAGUUCCCACCCAUUAUUUGCGCGAGUCUUUCCGGAUAUGACUAUAGAGCACUUGCUAAAUAUCGAAUAGAUUUGAGAGAAUCUGUUCGAGAAGGGCCGAAUCUUAAGGGGCAAGACCAUUUCUCUUCGCGUGCGAUAAGCGAACCAAAGUGAAAUUUCGUCGUACGUAAUCCCAAAUCUACAAACGUUCAAGCUGUGAGGCCAUUAAAGACUGUCAGAGCAGGCACAUGCAUAGAAAUUUAUGUGUCAGGGGGCAGUUGGGAUGCACGUAUUCCCUUUGUCGGACGCAUAUUCGCAUUAUUACACCUCAGGACCUUGAGUUCUGAGAUGUAAAUUUAACGUGGCAUCUUUCUGGCGACUGCACGGUGCAAAGUCCAUUCACAGGCUAUCAAAAGAUGGUUUUUUAUAAGUUCUUCAAUUUAAAAAGAAAUAAUAUCGUACUCUUAUUAUGCACAUUCGAUCGGUGUAUGUUUGUUCUGAUAGAUAUAAUGGAAUCACGUAACAGACUGCCGUUUAUGCGGAAAUGUCAAAUUUGAGAAAAUGGGCACAACCAGCGAGCUUCCCACCCACAGUUCGCUUCCAAAUUAAAAAAGAAAUUGUAAAGGUUAUUUUUCACGAGUCAGAAAAAUUACAGCUUAAAUUUUCAGCCUGCCGAGGGCGUAUUGCGAAGUUUAAUUCUUUCUGUCAUGAAAUAGGACAAAGGUCUGCAGUCCCAGCGGUCACCACUUUCGUUGCGUUGAAAGACCUGCAAUGAAGAAUGCGAAAGAUCCUACGUUUAAAUGCCCGCAUAUAAGUGAUGACGAUAUUCCCUAUGAGAUAAUUUGCUCAUGCAUUAGCCCUACUGGUUCUUAUGCAGAAGAUUGUUCACGAAGGACAAUUUAUUUGCGUAAAAUUUGCAUGAUGUAUGCGGCUUUACGCUGGCAUAGGCAUUUGGCCGUGGCUUGCAUAUUUUUCCGAGGAAUCUAGAAAUUGUUGAUCAGCAUUGAGCUUAGUGAUCCGCCGGAUGGCAAUGUCUCCUCCUGUUUCUUUAAUAAGCACACAGUUUACUUUAGGGAAAAUAUAAGAUGGUGCUAAGCAUAAAAGUUAAACGCGAGUCAUCGGCAAAGGAUAAAGUGCUAAUCUCAUAGUGAAUGGGAGAGUUUUCGUUUCGCGACGGGAAAUGUAGUUGCGGCGACUUUUCCCUACCCAGCAAACUCUUAUUACGCUGAUUCAUACAGAUUUGGUUGGAUCGAACUAGCCUGGCUUUGGAACUUUGCAUAUUUAGCAUCAAGUCUGAUUAUGUUGUGGCUGCCUCUCACCCCUCAUCACGAAAAGCGCCCAAACAUACGUUACAUUUUCACCACUUAUGACAUGCUCCCUUACGGACACUGAUGCCAUUCUCUCAAUUUCGUAUCAGAACUUAAUGGGGCAGUUUAAUGCCCGAAACCCCGUCGUAUGUGAGUCCUACUGUGUCCUAAACAAGUUGACGGGACAAAGGCCGCAAGUUAAUAGUUGAAAACGCUUAAAAAUCAAGUGGUUAAUGCAGAAAUACGUACAAUCAUUAACAUGGUCAAUCAAGAUUUGCCACGGUACGUGCUAAGAAAAGCUGGCGUUUUCAGUAGCGAGUUCCUGUAAUAAAAACUCAAUUGUUAUGUAUGUGCAUUGGUGCUGGAUCAUGCAAUAGGAUGCCCAGGAAGUGGCAAACAGUAAAGAAUAAAAAUUUCUACUAAUGGAGUAUGGCGUUUGAGUAAUGUAAUUUAGUGAGCAUUUGAGUAUUACGCAAGGCACAGUGAACAUAAGAAGGUUUUAAUGGUAAAUGCUUCAAUGGCGCAAAUACUCUGUCAUCGGACAGAGACAUCGGGAUAUAGGUUACGGCUGUAGUGGUGCAAACGGAAAGCUAAAGGAAAAUAUUUUAACUUCGUUAUAUGUCUCUGGACGUCCAGCCCCUCCAGAAUACCCGUUUCUCGCCCCAAAUCAGCAGUCAAUCUCCCUCUUGCAGCCUGUGCAUGCAGUGCAAACACAGAAGACAUUUUCUUUGCAAAUGGUAAUCGAACAAGCCGGCGGAGAGGAUAUCUUAGCUUCGAGUCGCCACAUGCGCAGUAAUUAGCGCAUGACCACCGACAGACUAGGUGCGCGUAGUCGAUUGAAAAACAAGAUACCACAUCCAUCGGAAAACAUUUUCCGGUAUUUCUAGGAAUUGAUCGAUUAUUUCAGCAGAAUUAGCAUCCUCUAAUAACCUCUACCGAUGAAAUUCCUAUGGUCAGAGACUUCAGGCCUAAGUGUAGGCAUUUGCUGAUACGGUGACUGGCUUUACAAUUACAGAGAUGAUUGAUCUGGAGAAUCAGCUACCUCGUCGCAUUAAUUUACUUUGUUAUGCGAUGGCGUUACUUAUUUCGGAGAAAUUUCUUCUGAUGUACAAACAUAAACUUUUUGAGCAGCUUCCAAAAAUUGAUUAACGGUCGUUAAUUGCGCCUUUGUGCAUGUCUACAGUCCACUUCCUCAGCUGAAUCCAUGUGCUGCAGUCGACAAUGCACAUGGGACAGAUGCCAAAUAAAAUCCUCGGAACUCUUAACACUGCGUAAAAUGCAUUUAAUUUAUGACAGAACUCAACCUUUUAAGUUCUAAAGACAACAAUAUGACAGCAGAACACAAAAAGGGGAGGAUUAUGAUGACAGCGUAAAUGAUACUGCAGGGCUGAAAUGCAUUGGGAUGCAAACUUCCUGCCAAAAAUAUCACCGGUUCUCGAAGAAGUACGACUUACUAUUGAACUCGUUUAAACAUCCAUAUAAACAUCUUCAUUUAAGAUAUCCAGCCCUUUACGACUCUAAGCAGUGCAGAAAUUCGAAACGAAAGAGUUUGUUUUAAUGAACUACGCUUUAUAGAGGCAGCGAAAUCGACCUUGCGCAAGGUUCGGUGUCGGAGGAAUUGUCGUCAGGUCUGAAAGUCACGUAUCCGUAAGAUGCAGUCUAUCUUGCAUAUUAUAAUACAUUAUCUUCACUCCACCAUAUGAGAUAUUUGCUUCGCAUUUUGGCUUUGUUAUUUGUUCGUUACCGGAUGGUCUCCGACUUUUAACAGAUCCGUAAACAUUGUUGGAGACUUAUCGACAAGUAUCCAGAGCUUUGUGUCGUCCGCAUCCAUACCAGAUUUCCAUCCUUUCCUACCUUAAAGUCUUUGCUUAGAUAUAUGCCUUUUUCAUAAGAUACGUCUACGAUUUCGCACCUUUCGGGCCCCUGAUACUGAUAAAUAAUUGUGUAUUUACUGCCACGUAUGCAUACAUACAUAAGUGCCAGUCAGCUGAACUAAUUUAUAUACAUUAUUUUACCUCUACUACCGUUUCCUGCGACAUAUUACUUGUGUGCUCGUAUAAUUGCCGGUGCCAAGACCGAUCUCACAUAAACCGUGAAAACAAGUGAGCGUAUUGUGCGAGUUGUUUAUUAAUUACGUUUUGUAAUUUAGGACUUCCUAAAACGUAAAUGCAAAAUAAAAGUGCGCUUAAGGAACAGUCUGUUUUCACAAGGUACAUUCACGUGCUGGUUUGAAGAUGAUGUUCCGGCUACCUAUUCUGAAAGUUUGAUAUAUGAGGAUAUAUAUGUACUUGGCUUACCAUGCACUUUUGAAAAGGUUUGACUUCUUUGUAGUCGUUUAUCUGCCGCUUCCAGAGAACGACCUAGCUGUUUGGUGAAAGAUGCAUCCCAAUCACUGAAACGCGCAUGUUAGCGUCUGUUCUAUCUUAUGUAAAGUUCUGUGUGAUUAACUAUUUUAGGAUAUGCAGUAACUGACAUGUAAUUAGUUCGUACAGCUUUGAAUUGCGUACGGGAGCUUUUUAUCUUACCUUCCUUCAGGGCGACAUCAUUGUCAUAUAAUGCAUAAAAUAUGCGCUUUACAAAAUUGUCAAUAUUUGAACUUUCAAUAUUGGGAAUAACUGUUGCCUCAAGAAGGAUAUCUAUACAUAUACUUUUGUGUACAUCAAGUACGAGGCGCUUCGGAAAUGACUGUUUCCUAGGCUGUUCUUUCUUUACGCAAAGUAAAUGGGGUCGUCUUACCGUUACGCAGAUAUGUUAUUUGCGCAACAAGUUUUCUUGCCAUCUGUGAGGUAUCUGCCUUAAAAUAAAGUUAGUUAAAAUUAUCAAAAUUAACCUGAUAUAUAAACAACAAAAGACAUAAACUAAACAGCUAUAAAUUUAGGUUAACAGAUUCACGCCCGCACGAGCCAUGAUAUAGUAAAUCAUAAAUGCGCUUCUCGCGUGACGCACAACUAGCACGAAAAGAUCGCCAGCCUAUCAAAGAGUAGUGCAAUAUAAACUAUAUGAACGCAUAUCUCGACAAGCAAAUGUACAAGUAAACCGCGUCGAGUUUAGCAUGCUACUAGGAAAAACAGGCAUUAUGAAGGGCCUGACGGUCAUUAGUCGACUACGACAGGGUUCCAAAUUGGCAUAUUAGUACAGUAGCAGGCAAUCAAUUGUUGUAUUCAUCACAGCACUUUUUCCCGCAUGCAGGUAUUCUUUGUUAAUUGAUGAUUCCUCCUGUCUUAUUUCCAAAUGCCAUCAAUGCUCUAUGACGCUCCCAAGCGUUUUUCGAGAGUUGGCGGGCAGUCCUGUAAUGAGUGAUUUGAAAAUAACAAAAAGGCUUCGUAGGUGUAUAGAACCCAUUGUUGAUUGACUAGCCCAUUCUUUUAGUCUUCUCCAAACCAAAUCGCCCAUGGGAAGCGAAUUGUCUUUAUUAUUCUUUUCAUCACCAGACAACAUGCGAGUAGUCAUUCGAGGGCUUCGAAGCGUUUUAUUCACCUGACGCACCCAACUACGUUAAAUCGUCAGGAAGCCAAACCCUGACACCCUCAUCUACCUUAGAGUUUUUGUGACUUUCUCGGCAACUUUGCCAAAAUCUUGGUGGUACAACUCGCGCAAUUUACAUCCUUUUGCCCGUUAAGACAGCUGUUUAAACAUAAAAUAAGUUAAAUAUUAUAAAUUCAACAGAUGUUGCAAACAGAAAAUCAAGUACGAAGACGAGAAAAUAAUUGACGGUUUCAAAGUCAUGUUCGCAAGUCUACUGCAAAGAAAAUCUUAGGGGCGUCAACCUUUCCUACAAGCACGCAGCACGAUUUUGCCCUGUCACCCAGUCAGCAAAGGCGCAAAAAUGGUUAACGAAUUCGACCGCACCAUCUUUGCAUCUGAAAAAGUUUCACUAAGUGUAUGCAACUGUUUCGUAGUCUUAUUCGGGACAGAAGUUUCGCAUGUUUCUGAUAAUGCUGAGAAAAGUAUUAACAGCGAGGUUCAGCAGUAAGGCAAAAUUCGCGACUUCCUGCUGAAACCGACCAGUUUCAUUUGUUCUGCGAUUCAAUUAUUUGAUGGAUCGAUUUUACAAAUUUGAUUUCACUUUAUUUUGGGGUUUGCGCCACUUCGUCGUUGACCUGUAAGUUCGUAUGUACUAGAAAAUAGCGGUAAAUUACAGUUAAAUUAAGUUCGAGUAUUGUUGUAAAACUAAACGGGAUACAGCAUAAAUCUACAAUAAUCUAGUUAGCUCAGUGUGUCGGCUUUCGAAGGAACUUAUUUUCGGCUGCAUGUAAGAUCUAUACUCUGCAAAAAAAUGACUACUUAUGUGACAUGCAAUUUUCUCAUUGAUUUUCGAUGCCCUUGAAAAUUCAAUUAUAUUUCAUGGAAAACAUGCAUAAAAUAUUUAUUCCCUUGCAUUAUCGGUAGACAAUCACGUCUUUUUCCGAUUUCAUACUCAAAAGAAGAUUAUAGUUCGAUUUUUAAAAGUUUUUAAUUGUCAGACUUUUUAAUACCGCUAAAUGGCCGUUCAUGAAAGGUCAUGUAUCGGCAUUUACGUAUGUGGCUUGUCAAGAAAACAAUAUUGCUCAAAUCCACUGCUUAAUUUUAUGAACCUCAUAUGGUCUCCUCUUAACACAGUAGAGGAAUGCAUGCAGCUUGUAGUUUUUAAACCCUGGAUGAGAGUGUAACAGCAGGUCGGUUUCAAAAUUAUUCGGGAAUUAGAAAAGUUUUUGAAAACCGAAUAAUACUCUUCUUUUGAGUAUGAAAUUGGAAAAGGAUGUGAUGUUCUACCAUGGAGGUAAAAAAUGAAUAUUUUCAUUCAUGUUUUCCAUGAAAAAAAUUGAAUUUUGUAAGGACAUCAAAAUAUAAUCAGAAAAUUGCAUGCUACUUAAGUAGUCAUUUUUUGCAUAGUUUAGAUCUUGCUUGCAGUUGAAAAUAAGUUCGUUCGAAAGCCGACACCUUGUGGUAACUGGAUCGUUAAAGAUUUAUGCUGCGUCAUGAUAAGUUUUACAACACUACUUAAUUUAUCUUUUCUAAACGAGAACGCAUUUCGAAAUUUUGGUUGACAUUUCAUGAGUUAGCGCAUCCACUGUAUGAUUUUGGCAUGCAUUAUCGUAAAUGCGCACCCAUAACAAAUGCCAACAUUAGAGGUUCGAUGGCACGCCCGGACGCAGGCUGACACCGCGCCAAUUGGGAGUGAGGUUUUUCUCAGUGCAUUCUGUGGAUCAGAUGGUGUGGUGGUUUGAUAGUUCCGGGUUUUUGCCUUGUCAAUCAUCAACGCCCUCUCUCGCCUCGGGUUUUCUUGACCCCGUGUUGACACUGUAUCCGAAUGAUGGGAUAGGAUAUAUCGCGGUAGAUACAUUGCAAUCUACUAUCACUAUAAACUGAUUCACACGCAAGUUACUAGGCCGGAUUUAUAACUCAAUUUAAUACGUCGAUCCAUUAACCAGGAUACAUUGAACUAGAGGACGGUUGCAGAAGUCCCUUUGAACAUACUAAAUUUAGGACUGUCAGCUAAGAAUUAUAAGUAAAAUAGCUAAGACAAUUCUUAACUGUAGUAGCUAAUGUCUUGAUUUAUUUUGUCUUAGAGUUUUGACCUCUUUUAUUAUUACCCUCUAUAGGUGCCAAAAUCACCCGACUUCGAAAUGCAUACGAUUAUAAUAAUGAUCUGGUUAGCUAAGGAAAAAUUCAGGAACGUUACAUAUCAGUGUAUAAUAUUGGUCCUUUUUAUCCACAUUUCAAUGUGCUGGUUAUCACUAUUGCUUCAAAGGAGCAGAUGAGACAGUCGUGUUAAUUUGAAGAAGAAGAAGAAGAAGAAGAAGGUGGGCUCACCGGAACAGGUUUAUUAGGAUGCUGACGUUUCGAAGAGCUUGGUCGCCUCUCCACUGUCAAAGCGUAAAAUGCACUCAAUCCACUCAAUCCAGUCGUGUUAAUAGCCUUAUCCUCUUUUGUCGCAGAUUCUCCGUUCUUACUCGCAGUCUCCACCAUCAUCAUCAUCAUCAUCAUCAUCAUCAUCAUCAUCAUCAUCAUCAUCAUCAUCAUCAUCAUCAUCAUCAUCAUCAUCAUCAUCAUCAUCAUCAUCAUCAUCAUCAUCACAAGGAGUAAGAACAUCAGUUCAUUCUUCCAUAUAAGGCCGCCUUUCGGUUUGCAGCCAUAUAAGAUUAUAGGGUAGUUUAUUCCAUUGAUGAUCUGGUUACUGCAUUUCUCCAAUAAACAAGAAAUAGAGGUUCAGCUAAACUUAACGAACCUUGAUGCAUCAGGUUUAAAUGACGAUCCUGAUCCUUAAUGCUCUUCACACCUUUAUUGGAGUUCAGUAGCAACUAGAGUAACUGUGUUGAUUGUUCUAUUCUCUUUCAUUGUAGGUUUUUUGCUCUUCCUGUUAUUCUUCAUGGGCGGCAACAAAUUACCCGAUCUCAAAGGAUACGUCUGUCUGGUGACGGGUGCCAGUCGUGGGAUCGGUCGCGGCAUCGCGCUUGCUCUGGGCGAGUGCGGCGCCACUGUAUACAUCACUGGGCGCACACUCAAGCCAAAAGCCGACGCUAAGGCGGGCGAUGUAGGCGGGAGUCUGGAGGAAACGGCUGCAGAGGUUACAUCGCGCGGUGGGGUACGCUUAUUUCCACACCUACCUCACAUGAUGUCCUCUCUUUCGUUACCCUUUGGCUUUUUUCGCCUUUACCUCCGGGUUUUGCCUCCGCGCAGCAGUAUCAUGAUAGUUUUAUAGAUAGUUCUUCAGACGCGCACAGAACGAUAACGCGAUUUUCCACUAUUCAUCCCACCUUUCAUUAAUUUGUUUGACUUCUUCCUUGGCGAGUAAGUUUACUGAUAAUAUGAAGCAUUCAUCGACCCCUCCCCAGUAUUUGCGACUGCCUAAAACGUAUAAAAGUUUGCACAUAAUGAGUUUACUAUGCUGUCAACCUAGUUUCCAGCCAAUUUUGUGGAUGCUUGUUCCGCAUACUUCCGGGAACACUCAGGGUUCAAGUACGAGUAGUCCUACUCUUCGUCGAUUUCUGAAGGGUCACCACGACGGUUAUGAUAGCUCUUUAGUUACCUACAGGCCUGACCUUUUACUUUGUCCGCCAGCGUAGACUAAUCCAUAAAGACACGGUCAGGUUUGGUAGGAUUUGACAUCAGUCUACACUUUGAGGCUUUAUAGUCUGUGCUUUUCCGAGAAUUUUGCGGUAAUGGUAUUGACUUGCAAAAUAUGCACCGGAACUCCUUUAUUGUUGGCCAUGCUAUUUUCUUCCUGUUUCGCGCCGAUGGAGCACAUUUCCAAAUGUGACGCCACCGAGGUUGUCGGUCGAGGGGAUGAUCACACGUCUAGGCAGCUGCAAACAACUUGAAUGCCCGCCAACUGUCCAGUCAACCACCAAAUUGACCUUCCUCCCCUAGCUGGGUUAGCGAACCUUCUUGAUGGGUGUGCAAAUCGUGUGCAAUAAUCGGGAGGCUAACUAUCGCCGCGGUCAACGAGAACAGGGGGGACAAAUGUCAUAGUGAAGCAGGGGCCAGACCCAGUCCCCAAAAUCGGCACUGACGUCCAUAUAAGGAGGGCUGAGCUCAAGACCUCGAGGAUUGGUAGGUGGAAUCACUAGUCAAAUCACGAGACUUGAAAUGAACACCCCUUCUCCGUUUGAGGUUGCCCAUUUCGUCAACCUGGCUGCCUUUAAGAGUGGGCGCGCCUCCGCCUCGUCUGGCUUUCGCCGCUUUGACAUUGAAGCCAGGCACCCUAGCCACCAAAUGCGAACCUUCUUAGAAUACACUCAACGAUGUUUUUAAGAUGGAACCAACACUACGGUUAGUGGAAGUACAGAGGAAUAUCGAGCAUGUGGGACGGAUCCAAAAGCCGACGAUAGAGACAGCGAUGUAGGCGGGAGCCUAGAGAAGACGACUGCAGAGGUUUCAUCGCGCGGUGGGGUACGUUCAUUUCCUCGCUUACCUCACAUUAUGUUCUCUCUAUUCUUGCCCUUAGACUUCUUCAGCUCCGCUACCGUAAAAAAAUAAAUAUGGCAAGCAAAGCUUAACAGCGUACUCGGGGUUUGGUUUACCAAAGCCAUUUGCUAGGUGAUGUUGUAAUGGAUCCCUGGAAUAUCCCAGAAACAGUCAAAACUCGAUAAUGCUCGUCUGCGGCGCUGUUGUAAUGAGGCGUGCACGUUGUUCAUGGGCCUUCUGCCCAGCCGUUAGUAGGUCAUGACCACUCAGACGGUUUCUCUUAGCAAUUUUCUAAUUCAGAAGAAUAUGCAAUCAUUGGUACGAGACGCUUAUUGGCUUGGUGUUUCAGAUUCGCACUCGAACUCAGCAUCUGAGGUAGUCGCCGAUCAGGGUAGUGUUGGCACCAAGACUGCAGUUUUUAUAUUAUAAUUCAGCAACCUUGUCUUCCUUUUCACUGCAGUGCGUUUCAUUGUGCCGAUAGAGCGUCCUCUGCGAAUGUCUCUGAUGAUGGAUUCGAGUGAGAAUCCGAAACGUCAGGCAAAUAAACUUCUUGUCCCAGUGAUCGCAUAUUCAUCUUCUGAACUGCUUUUGUGAUUGGCCGAUUGGUUACUGCUGAAGUUCGGCUCUUACGUUGUAUUUAUCGCUUUGACGGGUACUGAGAGCUAGUGACUACCCGCGCAACUUUAUCAACCACUGCAUGUGCAAACGAUACCGGAGACUAAAUCUUACCAGCUUCCAAAUCUGACGAGCUCUUACGCAUGUGAAGAACGCAUCGUAAGCCGUAAGUCGCCUUCUCACUUCACCUGAAGUGGGGGUUGCAAACAGACUGGAAGCGACUAUCAGGCGUCAAAUCAUGAGGCCGAAAGACCCACUGUCGUGGCAAAAAACGUCUGGAGUCGUUUGCUGGAUCCCUUGCAAUUGCGGACAGAGUAACUGCGUCGAAAAAACUGGGAGAUUAUCUCGGACGCGGAUGACUGAGCACGAAUUUCGGUGGGGGAAGAAAGACACCAGUUCUCGGGUGGCGGCUCUUUCCACGGAAGCCAGCCGCAUUUUCAAGUUUCAAGCGACUGUAAUCAUCUUAAAAGAUUACAGCCGCGUGAAUCGCAAGCAGUUCAAAUCAUGGUUCCCAGGCCCGCAAUCCAGCAACAAGCGUAAUAAUCCCUCGAAACCAUACUCAGGGCCGAGACGUCCACUGAACAGGUAAAUCAGUCACGUGGCGAUUGCGCGAGCGAUCAACAAUCACGGUGACAGAUGAUGAAAUUGCGGCAAUUAAUGACGUGGCUGCGCACUGACGGGCCAUCAUAACAUCAAUUAUGACCUAUAGUGACGAUCACAAGAGCUCUUAAUUAGAGUACACAUCUGGCCCAACGGUAGCUAUGUCCUAUAACUACUGCAGUCUUUGUGCCUCCACUACUCUUAUCUGCGAAUAUCGUCGAUGCUGGAUUCGAGCGAGAAUCCAAAAUUUCAGGAUAAUAACCCUCUUGUUCCAAUGAUCGCAUCAUCUUCUUCUGAACUACUUCCCGGAACUCGCCUGUCUGCUUCUAUCAACAAUUUUCUAACUUUGAACUGUGGCAAACGAAAACCAAUUGCUGGCCCUCUGUUUAGCUAUGACUGUGAGCACCAUGGAAUGUUGUUGAUGGCGUAACUGUGAUCUUGCAUUGUUGAAUUAACCGGCUCUCGCGUUUGUAUAAACGGCGCGUGUGCGCGUCACAUGGGUAAUUAUUGAGUUAGUGGCCUUGUUUAAAUGCAUGUGCACGGUUUCUUGGCGACUGCCACAAACGUUCUUGCCGUCAGCUGCAUUACGUGUAGUGUGUAGUACCUACACUAAAACCAACAGGGUGCAUAUAUAUAUAUAUAUAUAUAUAUAUAUAUAUCAAUCAGGAAUGGGCGCACACCGAUCUAUUGGCUUCACAAAGCAAACAAGCUCCGUAUGUGUGGCAAAGGUCACGAACAGGCAACCAAUUACCAGGCUGAAGUCGGCCAAGACAUAAUAGCAGCGAGGAGGGACGACAGAGAAUGCGGGUAGAUUGAUACAGCACUGGUGGCGAGGCACUGAUGAACUUCGGUUCGAUGAAGUGCUUAUGACCCAUCUGGUAGGCCUCAGUGGUGGACCGACUGCACCAGGUGCGUCUCUGCGCAUGUUUGUGUUUCUGGUCGCAGCUGUUGGUGGUCAGGGUUAUGAUUGGCUGAAUGAAGGCAGAAUAAGCCUGAAACAGUGCUGUAUCAAUCUACCCGCAUUCUCUUUCGUCCCUCCUCGCUGCUAUAUAUAUAUACAUAUAUGUUUCCUCUUUGUCUACUCAUUUUGCCUUGUUAUAUUUGCGGAAUGCUCCUGCACAACGCCGUGGACCACUGGCGCUAUAUGUGGCAUGAAUUUGAUUCUUAAACGGCCCUGCGGUAGAUUCGGUGGACCACCACGGGUAGGAAUGCGCACCCAUGACAAAUCCUGAUGGCACGCCCGACUGCGGGUCCGUGCCACGGCAAUUCCGAUCUGAGAGGCCUUCCCCCUUUUUGUUGUACAAAAUCAUGCUCAGUGUCCGGUUGUGAACCAGGAGGUGGUAGUGCGUCUUGAUGCGAAUUUUCGCCUUGCCAGACCCUUGCUUUGUCUCCAGCCUCCUGUCUUUUUGACUCUGUCUUGACACCGGCCUUGGCCCAGGUGUGAAGAGGAGAAGGCAGUAUGGUAGAUGUGGCACAAGUCUGCCAUCACUGUCACACACAAGUCGCCGUCCCUGCUCUCAUCCUCCUGCUGUGGAUCACACUGUGUCUGGAUGCUUUUGCGGCUGAUGCAUUCAUACCAUUAUUCAUCUCAAGUUUAAAUGGCCGCGGGCUCUCUCAUACUGAUCGGUUUAGAGUUUCCGUCAACAAUAAAUUUAUUUCACUCCGCUUACGCGUGCCAGUUAAUGUUCAGUUCUUUCCUCCCCCGCCUCCUCACAGGUGGCUAUUCCCGUGGUCGUCGACCAUUCCGAUGACAGCCAGGUGAUGGAUCUUUUUUCUCGCAUUCGCCGCGAGCAGAACGGUCGCCUCGACCUCCUCGUGAACAACGCAUUCGCGGCUGCCGGCUACAUCUCCUCACACAUUGACCUGCCCUACUGGGAGCUGGAGGCAGAUGAUUCGCCCUCAAAGGCCUGGGACAUCGUGAACGGGGUCGGACUGCGAAAUCACUACAUCUGCGCCACUCUGGCUACACGCAUGAUGCUGGGGUAUCGCGGGCAGUUGACCACCGGGGGUGCCGGUAAUGAGAAGGAAGCCAGCAGUAGUGGGAAGGAUUCUCAGGAGAGCGAAGGCAGCCAGCGUCCGGGCCUCAUCAUCAACAUUUCCUCCCUCGGUGGUCUACGCUAUCUUUUCAAUGUUGCCUACGGUGUUGGUAGGUCUGCACAACUUAUUUGCUUACAAACACCCCUCCCAUAAUGGUUCUCAAUCGUCCUAAUUGCGGGGGGGGGGGCAUUGUUCUCGCAGACGAUUGUCCAUGAUAUAAAUUUAUCACAAAAUUACACGAGUUUUUUGUGAAACAGCGUGCGUGCCCUGUUCAUGUUUCACUACAGGAAUAGGUGAAAACGCAGAUUUUGCUUCGAAAUGUGGAUGAAUUAUUGAAAUGUUUUAAUGGUAAUAUAUGUAAAAAAUUAACUGUACGAAGCUGUGCGUUUCUACAAAAUAAUUUCACGAAAUGCAAUUGGCUUGCAUGUUAGGAGGAGUCGUACUAACGGGCCGAAUCAAUAAACUUUGUCUCCUGGAGGGGCCAGUUAGUGUUUGCAGUCAUCUUGGCAUGGUCCUGACGUCGAUCCAGCUAGCUACAGUGUUGACGUUUAUUUUACAGCAAAUAUUUGCCUACCUUUUUCGAAGUGGUCUCGCUUGCUGCGUUAACAUGUAAGUCUGUCUGUCUUCAGUCCAGUGCAAAACCUGUCUCCUCUUUAGAGCAAUCUGUACCUUGUGCGGCGCUAAGAACUUGAGCAGCUUCAGCCAGACAGUGUUCUGCAGCCAGUUAACUGCUCUGCAUCGGCCUCAGCAAUUUUGGCCGGCUAAAAGCCACCGUCUGAGCUUGAUUCGUCCACUACUGUUCUGUACGCGCACAAGUGCCCCCACUCCCCAGCAGCGUCAGAAGAUAUUUUUGUUAAACUAAAUGAUUAAACUUGUUUUUCCAAGCUAGAUCUAUCUGAUGCAUAUGUCAAACUCCAGGUGACUGAAAAGUCCUCGAAGCUUCUAAUGAUUAAAACGCAUCGUGCUUUGUUCCAGGUAAAACUGGUCCCGUAAUUUUCCAAUAAACCAUGGAUGCCGUGCUUGUGAACAGCGUAAUAACCUCUGCCUAUCUUAAGGAUACCAUUGUCACGAAAUGGAGUCCAGAUGAAUUAUUGCAACGCCGGGAUACUGUACUUAGCCAGAUUUGGUACUGUGGUCAAGUGUUCUUUUCUCGCGCCUUCCAUAAAUUACAUCGGGUUCAUAAUCGACCAAGACUAUCGUCUUCCCAGCCCCAGCUAACAUUGUCCCCAUCAGGCGAAUGUCUCCGCCAAAUGGAUGUCAUUGCCUUUCGCUCUCGGGCCUAAUACAGCAGAUGGGCUAUCUCGGAAAAAUGUAAACUUAAGUUCCAAAAUGCGUUGUCUAUUUAAAAAGGCUAAUUAAGUAGGGUUGUAAAGUUAGACAUCCUGCAGCAUAAUUAUAUAAUAGAUUUGCGAAAAUUCCCAUCGAAUAAAUCAAAAGACAAUUUGGCGAGCAUACGUAAGCUUUUGAUAAAUUCUCACCAAGCCUUUGCAUUUAUAUUGUUAUCGAAGUAAUUAAAAAGACAAUGCGGGCAAGCAGAUGUUUUUCUGUAGCUGGGGUUGGGGGGAGGGUUUGGGUGGGUGAGGUGAAAAAUAACCUUCCUCCCAAACCCCAGCUGCAGAAAAACUUCUGCUUGCCCGCAUUUUCUUUUUAAUCACUUUUGAAUGUGGAUUAUGUUGUACAUUUCACAAGGGGCAUUAGUAAAUGGAGUUGUGUGACGCUGUAUGUAUGGACAUUGCACGGUCUGAAAUAUUUCAUUAAUAGAAACUUUUUCAAAACCUACAUGUACGCCUUCUUUGGGUAUAAAAUGUACAGUCAAUGUCAUUUUAUACCAAGCAACUAAAAUAAAUCAUAUUCUUGUGUGUGCUUUCCAUAAAAAAUAUUUGAAUUUAUAAGUCCAUCGAAAAUAAAUGUGAAAACUGCAUGCUACUUAGGUAGUCAUUUUUAUUAAGUGUGGUUCCCGGAGGAGGUCGAAAUGAAGUGCAUUCAAGAGCCAAAAUCCUGGCAAGUCCGCAAUACUAUGGGAGUAUGUUGCUUGAUAAGCAACCUUACAACCCCACCUAAGUAAUCCGUCCUAAUCGAAAACGCAUUUCAGAAUUUCGGCAUACACUUUAUCCGAUAGGUCACGCACUGUAACAGAGGACAAUUUACACCAGACGCCUCCGUCUAAUUCGGUGAGCAGGCAAACAAUAAUCACUUGCGUUCGUUAUCGUUUCACCUUCAUUCCAACCGCCAGGUUGAGCCUUUUCGUGACACUUCCGAACGGGCACUCCAGAAGUCAAAGGGGGGGGGGGGAGUGGAUACUUUUGUCGAACUAUGAGACAACCCCGAACCCGAGUUUCCUUAACGGCGCCUCAUCUACUGAUACUUUCAUGCAAAGGCGACUUCGCACACCAUUCGACGCCAUUCACGCAACGCCAUCGAUCGGCAAAUAGCAGGAUAUUUUGCGUGAAAUAUCCCACCCGACUUCAACGAGAGGGUAAUUCAACCGAUGCCACGGAGCUCAGAAACGGUCGUCCCCUCCAGGUGAAGUGGUGGCAAAAGGCUACAGGAGGAAUCAGGAGAAGUGGACGCCUGGAAGGCGACGACUACGCGAUUCUUUUCGGAUCGGAAAUUUGGGUACGCCACACGAAUCCGUUGAAACACGCUGAAUUCAUUGAAAUGCCGAAUCCAGGCCUAAAUCAACUACCGGAACUACUACUGGACACAUUCGAUUAACCAGAGCCAUGACAAGAGACCACUUAGACGAUCAGGCCGAAAACUAACCCAAAUCAUGCCAUUUCAAAUGGACCCUUGGCACAAAUCGUGCUAUUGAAUCGUAAGGAGGGAGAUGUUAGGAGUAAGCGCCCUAACCGACUCGCUCACUUCGCCUUCCUGAUUAUCCGUCCACAUGACGUGCACGCGCUGAUGUCGCUCUACCUCCCGACAGGCCUGGAGGGUUAUCCAAUCAGCUAAAUUAGUCAGAAGUCCAACUGGCACACUAACCACCCAAGGACAGUAUUUGAUUGGUCAAACCGCAGUCCGACCUUCGACUUCCCCGUACGGCCCUUUGGCUGCCUUACAUGUGCCGUUAGAAUACGUCAAUACACUUCUCUACUUCUGCAGUUAUGUUGAGUUCUGGUUUGGCGACUCUGUCAAGAAGAGUUAUUGAACGGCUGAGCAUCGGGGCGUUCACUCUUUUUUAGAAUAUUAUUGCGGCAAAAUAAGCAUUAACGCUGGUUAAGUGAUGUCUGUCUCUGUGUCUACUGCAAAAGUGAACAAGGACGUCCACGGAAAAGGCUAGAAGGUCAGGAGGAAUAAAGUAACUGUAAGGCGUACCUCCUGCUAAUCAUUAUUGCGACCUAUUUCGUUACUUUGAUAGAAAGCAUACUUUCUCUUCGGUGCAUAUUUCCUCGUCCGUUGAAGGAUUUCUUGGUAAUAGCGUCAUUGUGAAUGGUUACUACUGCCUAUUUCUCUACACAGGUGGGGAUAUGACUUGAACAGGAAGCCAAGCGACUCUCUGCCAUGACCCACCGUAGCCUUGUUUCGGGUGAUCCCUUCGGGAUAGUCUAAAUUACAGAAAAUGAACAGUUAGAAUGUCCACAUGCCGAUAGGGAUUAUUAGCUAGGAGCAUCGAUAGGCAGAGCUCCAUUCGAAAUCGACUUGAGAGAACGUGAAAUGAUUAUAAACUGUGAUGGCUGUGGUCGAAGCUUAUCCUAACCUCAACAACGGAAACCAGAACAGGUCACUACUCUUUCGAAUUCUGAAUCACAUAAUUGUGGACUUAUUUCUGACUUCUAAUGUCGUAUACGUACCGCAUACUAAGUCAGGGUCUUCUUUAUUGGGUCUACUUCUGCCAGGCUCUACAGCAUUGUUCAAAGCGGAAUUUACGCCAGCAUGUAAACAACUCGUUGUGUCGUCCAAACUGGUCAUGCGUUAGAUGUGCUGAACCAACGCGGGGACCAUAUUGUAUUCUGAGAGGCGUUAUCAUAUUGCGCACCAUAACAAACACUAACAUUUCAGGGGGGGGGUAGCAGAUCCGGGUGCCAGCGGACGUCACGCACCCCGGCAGCCCCCCCCCCCCCCACCACUCCCACCGUUGUUCGGUCAAAAACUUAGCCAUUUGCCGUGUGGGCCAGAGGGCGUGGCGUGCAGCGUCAAUGCGCAUGCCCGACCGUGCUAUCCAGCUGCGCCCUCCCCCGCCUCCGGUCGUCUUGACCCCUUCUUGACACCGGGCCAAGGUGGGGGGAGGAGGGGGGAGUGCGAUAGGUGCUGUGAAAGUCCGCUUUCACUAUAAACUAAGUCACGCACAAUUUCCCGUUCCUGCGUCACUUUGCUGUGGAGCACACGGUGGACACUGUCGGCAUCGCUGGUUGAGCUAUCUUAUGCAACUGCUUGUUGCCGUAAGGUGUUUUUCGCAAACUGAGCUUGACUAUUUCCUUUCUGGCUUCAUUUUUGCCAGUUUUUCGCCAAACACGUCAUACUUCCAAUAUCUGCAGAUGAACACAGGUUAUUAAUUUAUGGAAGACAGUGGGACGUAGGCUUCAUAGCCCAGCUGGUGACAAACGUCAGCUGUUGGACCGCCCAAAGGCUGUUCAAUGGAGCUCGCAAUCGAUGGUGUCGCUUACCAAUGGACUUGAUCGUCUGCGCAAUAUGCUUGUGUUUUUAUCUUAUACUUUUAGCUACUUCGCCAGUGGUUUUGUCCACUUGCGUGACUGUUUUCACUGCUUUUUUGCCCCACUUCAUUGUUUUUGAUGACGUAACACUGAAGGUGCAAAUAAAAUCGUCAAUUACGCAUGUAAACGGUUGUGCAACUGCGUCUUUAUUUCCUGUUUCUUUUUCAGGUAAGGCCGCGAUGGAUCGCAUGGCUGCCGAUAUGGCUCACGAACUUCAAGAGAAAAAGAAAGAUGUGGCAGUUAUUUCACUCUGGCCCGGUAUGGUCAAGACAGAGCAUAUGCUGGAGCAUGCGGCGAACCGCGAUUCUCGAUUCACGCUCUUAGAAGAAAGAGGUACCUGUCCCCUUUUCAUGCUUGAUUCAAUUCCUUUUCCCCAUCUUCUUCAUGCUCCAUACGGCGGCACUCAGCAGGUCCUUUCUAAAUUAUUGUCAGGCUCAAAUCCAUGCGCCCUGCCGUUGUUGUCAGAAGUUACGCAUAACAUUCAACAACCUCUCUAAUCUUUAGUUUUUAUUAGACAAUGGAGGUAGGUCGAUACAAGCGAAGAUGCUAGUUCUGGGAAAAAGUUGAUAAGAAGAUGAAACGAUCGCGGAAUAAGUGCUUUAUUCGACGGACGCUUCGGAUUCUUACUCGAACCCAUCAUCACAGACAGUGGUAGAAACGGGUGAUUUGCGCACAGAAAAUUGCAUUAUUUAUAUGAUGCAGUCACUAUACUACCGCAUACCUUUGAUGAUUAACCGCUCUGCCCUUCAACAAGCGUUGUUGCCCGCUGGUGCGCUAAUUGCUUGAUGGCCGGCAUGCUAGUUGUUAAUUGCUGAAAUCUCAUUACCCGUGUUGGAUGCUGGUGUGAUGAUUGCUCGGCCAUCUGGUUCACUGGUCUGCGCACUGCCCGUGUGGUUAAUUACUUUGGCCAGCCCAUGCCUCAGCACAGAAUAUGAAGUGAGGCUGUCGUCACUUUUCAUGAUAGACUGGCGUCCCCUGAACCAUGACUUAAGUAACUCGCGGCUCAAGCGAUUAUCCUCUCUCACGAGAAGUUCGGCCUCGAACUUGAAUGUGACGCCGGGUCUCGUAGAAUGGGGGGUGACGUGAGAGUUGACGUCAUUUCUCCGCACCGCUGCCGCGUGUUCGGCGAUUUGCGUCCGGAGCGGUUUUCCGGUUUCUCCGACGUAGUUGCUUUGUCCACAAAUGCACCGGAUCCGGUAAACGACUCCGGAUGUUUUUUGCCGUGGCACUGGGUCUUUUGGUCUCAUCACCUGAAGCCUUGCGGUGGACUGCGAUUUGUGUUUAACUCCAAUCCCGAGUAGUGCUAGGAGGCAACUAACAGCCUCGGAGACGUUCUUGAUGUGCGGGAUCGCUCGCCAGAAUUUGGAGUCAGUACGAUUUUUUCACUCUAUUCGUUUGCGCAUGCACUGUUUCUGUGACUCUCUGUUGAUAGGUUCAAGUGAAAAUCCCAAACAUCAGGCGAGUAAAACCCUUGUUCCGCAGUUUUUGCAAUGACUGAAUGUAUCCGAGUCUGAAUCUAUUGGGCCAUCAGUAGGACAAUAAAGCUGUUCGAGAAAUUGAGGCCUACUGUUCAAGCUGAUUUUGGGUGUGUCCGGUGUUUGACGAUUCACUCGCCCGAGCCACUUAUAGGAAUAAGGGCUUAGUAGCUUGGAUACCUUUGGCAUCGGAGUAAGUUAGUUAUCACCGUUCAUUUCCUUACUCGUAUGGGGCAGGUGCGAAAUGUGGGUAUUUUUGUGUCACGUCGUGUUUGCUCGACUUAUCUCCCGAUGGCUGAGUGCGGUCUACAUGUUUACAUGUCAAUCUUUACAGGGAUGAAUAAGCAACAUAUUGUCAUAGCGCGUAGGCGGACUCUGUCGGGACUGCUGACCUUACAUUUCUUUCCUCACUCUGAUACGUCGCUUUCCUCCCUUUAGGUGAAUCACCGGAACUGACGGGUCUUGUUAUUGCACAUCUACUCGCCGAACCAAAGGACAAGUUACUUUCACGAUCCGGUCGCGUUGUUUUCGUGGCAGAUACCGCACUAGAGAAGGGCAUCCGUGACAUAGACGGCAAACAGCCCACCAGUCUACGCUCGCUGCGCUUCCUCUUGGAGUUGGCCGGCCGGAACAGUCUCUCCCGCACUGUACCAGAGUUCGUGCGCCUUCCCUAUUCCGCCUUCACUCAGAUGAAUUCCAAGUUCUGA